AUGACAGACAACCAAGCCGCCGUCUCUGGCGCGGCCAAUGACAAGGAGGCCCAGAUCGUCACCACGGCCAUGGCGAGCUCUGCAGACAAUGACAGCGCGUCGCUGCACAGUGCCGGCGGCCGCAGUCUCCGGGUGCCCAUGACGAUGAAGCUGCUGUCUGUCGUGCUCGUGUCCCUGAUCGGCUUCGGCUCGCACUGGAGCUCGGGCGUGACAGGUGCCAUGAAGAGCACGCUGAAAAAGAAAUUGCACAUCAACAACGCCGAGUACGCGCUGCUCGAUGCCAGCGAGGACUUUAUCAAGUCGGCCCUCAUCGUGGGCACCGGCCUGGUGACCGAUCGGAUCGGUGGUGCCCACGCGCUGCUCUGGGGUAACUCCCUCUACAGCGUGGGGGCCAUCCUGGUGGCAGCAGCCACGACGGUGCGCAGCUACCGCUUCAUGAUCGGCGGCAUCGUGGUGCAGGCCAUUGGCGAUGUGACCACGCAGGUGGCCCAGUACAAGGUCUUCUCGUCCUGGUUCGCGCCCUCGGACGGUUUUGCUUCCACGCUCGGCUUUGAGCUUGGUCUCGGCAAGAUCGGCUCCUUUGUCGGCCAGGCCACGGCCAACGUGAUCGCCCGUCGUCUCGGCGACUUCAGCUGGGUUUACUGGAUGGCCGUGGUGAUGAACGUGUUUACCAACAUCGUCACCGUCGGCUUCUUCUAUUUCACCCGCUGGUGUGGCCGCCGCUAUGGCGACCUGGCUGAUCCGGCCACUGGCGAACGACUGACCGAGAACAACAAGUCGUUUGAGCUGAAAAAAGUUUGCGCCUUGCCGUGGCCCUUCUGGGCCGUCAUGGCCUUUUCCCUCUUCGAGACGUCGACGGCCAUCGUCUUCUCCGGCAAUGCCACCGAGCUGGCCGAGCAGCGCUUCCACAUCGACUCCGUCAAGGCCGGCUGGUAUGCGGCCCUCAGCAAGUAUACCGGCUUCUUUCUGGUUCCCGUGCUCGGCUUCGUCAUCGACCGCUUCGGCCAGCGCCUUACUAUCAUGCUCGUCUGUGGUGCUUUCAUGUUCACCGCCAUGGCCCUCGUCGCCUGGGGCGAGACCGUCUCUGGCACCGCUGCCAGCUUCGGCGUCUAUGCUGUUGCCUUGUCGCUCGGUCCGACUACCAUCAUCGACUCGACCCGCACUUCCAUGUGGUAUCCCGAGGUCUUUGGCUCGGCCUAUGGCAUCAAGAUCGGCCUCAACAACGCCAUGAACAUCAUCAUCCGCAUCGUCACCGGCGUUAUUCAGGACCAAGACAACGACAGCUACGACCGCGUCGUCAUCGUCUACGCCGUCCUCGCUGCUGCCUCCCUUGUCGUCGGCAUCAGUCUCGUCAUCCUGGGCCGUUUUAGCAUCGACCUCGGCCGUCUGCAGUGGAGUCGCAUCAAGCGCAUGGCUAAGGGCCACACCAUUGGCGAGCGUCGUGAGCUCUUUGAGACAGGCAAGAACGCCAGACGUCAUCGCCUUUUCAGCCAGUCCUGCCUCGUGGCUGCCAUCUCUCUGAUUGUGGGCUCGUGGAUCGCCUACUUCUGGGGCGUUGCAACAGGCAACAAUGACUAA